AUGCCAGCCGCCUUCAAUCUUUCACAAACCAACUUAACAAACCAAGGCAACAAUAGCUCCAAAGAAACAACCGAAGACUCUCUCAUUCAGCCAUUGAAUUCUUUAAUGAUUGAUCAACGCCUAUUCAGCGGCGAUAUAAAACUACCAGAAUUCCAUUGUAACCCAUCAGAAUUCAGCACAUUUUGGGAACUCUUUGAAGAACUCGAUCACAAGCAACCCUUCUCCAACAUAAGAAAGCUCUCCAUUCUACUCAGUUGUUGCAAAGGAGACGCAGCAAGAUGCCUACGAAUGAUUCCCUCGCACAGGGGACUCCUAAAAGAUCAAUACGAAGACCCAAGGAGAAUAACCAUACAAAUGAUCCGUCAACUCACAUCAAUGAAGCCAUGUCAUAACGACCCACGUACCCUACGUAACAAUCUUAAUGACAUCAAGCCAUCAUAG